UUUCAACUUCCCCAACGUGGAAUAUUUAUCUGCAACUUGCAGCUUGCAGCUUAUAUUAGCCAUCAUCUUCCUUACCUUCCAUAAAUUUGUCAAAAAAUGGCCAAGUUUCUUGAGCUUACGACCAUUCUCUCCCUCAUCAUACCUUUGCUCAUAACAAUGCAGGUCCAAAUGGCCUUCUCAUCUGAGAUCGAAGACGACGAAGAAUACGUGCUCGACUCUCCAUUGCUGAACUUCAGAUCAAGAAGCAGAUUCUUGGGCAGUGUAAUCAAGCAAGGUGCUAAGUGCAAUCCCAUUAAGAAGAACAUCUGUAACGGGAUUUCCGCGAACAAAGGAACAAGCCUUUUGUUUUGCUGCAAGAUAAAGUGUGUCAAUGUUCUUGGAGAUAGGAACCACUGUGGGCAAUGUGGUCGUAAGUGCAAGCUUGGAGAGCUUUGCUGCCAUGGAACUUGUACCAACAUUUUAAACAAUGUAAACAAUUGUGGCAAGUGCGAUAAGAAAUGCUUGCAUGGAGUUAAAUGUCAGCAUGCAACUUGUGGGUAUGCUUGA